GUGGGAAUACAAUGAUCGAGACAACUUCAAGUAGCUUUCUUUUGCGGUGGAACAGGAUUAAUCAUACCUGAAAACAUUGAACUGUCAGCUGACCAUUCGGCAAAGGUCUGCUUGAAAGGUUCUGGUAGGUUGGUCGAACAAGCUUUAGUUUUUUAUGAGACACAGACUGCAGAAGCAUUCUAGAAUUCGAAUCUUCAGGCCAGAGUGUUUGAAAGUUUUGUUCAACAUGGGCCUCAUUUGGAGCAAAAGCGAGUACAAGCUUUCGCCUGAAAUGUUGAAGGAAGUCAAAAUAGAAACGGGGUUUACCACUCGUCAAGUGAAUCGAUUGUUUAGCCGAUUUCAACAACUCGACCACGACAACACUCAAUAUCUGACCAAAGAAGACCUCGGCCACAUCAAAGAGAUCAUUUUGAAUCCGUUGGGCGAUCGUAUUGUGGACUUUUUUUUCGUCGGAAACAGCGAGUACUUAACGUUUCCCAUGUUUGCUCGUAUAUUCGCCAUCUUUAGACCUCUCGAGAAGCACACACCUGACUCUGAAAUUAAUUCCAGAGAGUCAAAGUUGAAAUUGUUAUUUAGAUUGGCUGAUUCCAACGAAGAUGGGAGCAUUUGUAAAGAGGACCUCUUUGAGCUCCUGGAAAUGAUGAUGGGAGCCAAAGUCGGGGAAGAACAACUGCAUUUGAUCGUGGAUAGAGUUUUGAGUGAGGCGGACGAGGACCAAGAUGGGCUCAUAAAUCUAAACGAAUUUAGGAAAGUCACCAAAGAUUUGGACGUUGAAACUAAACUCUCGUUCAUUUCAUUCUCAUGAUCACUUUGUACAUUAUCUAAUCAAGUAAAGGCCACGAGGAAAACCAAACCCAAUGCAAAAAGUACAUGAAGCUUACAAACUUCGGGCGAUGCAACUGAAAUACACUCCCUUUCGCAUAAAA